AUGUUCCUAGCAUGUAUUGUAAUCAUGAAUGAUGUCGUAAAAGCUGAUAGUAGAGAUGGUAUCUUUCCGACGAAGAAAAUGGUGAUGAUUGGCAAUGCGCUUGGGGGUAAUGUGCAGCUGAAGGCGCAUUGUAAGUCGAGGGACGACGACCUUGGGGUUAGGGUGUUAGGACCUGGACAAGAAUUCCAUUUUAAGUUCUGGACAAGCAUGCUUUUCACAACCGUAUUUUACUGUUCCUUUGAGUGGCUAGGCAGUGGUGGACUUCAUUGGUAUGAUGUCUAUGAUGAUAACAGGGAUUUCUAG